UGAUACAGUGAACGUUCAUGACGUAGCGAUCCAUUCCGUGGACUCAAACGUACAGCAGAAGAUUCUGAACGAGAUGAAGAACAUGACAGAGUAUGGGUGUAGCAGGACAUGUGAGACCCAAUAUCGAGACAAAGCUCCGAACCGGAGGUCAGAGCGAGUCAUGGGAGAGGCGUAGCCGGAGCACCGGGAAAUCGAGGAGCCAGCUCCUUGGCCUGUGCGGCUUGCCUGCGUCUGCGAUGCUCUGCCAGACGCAGCGCGAAGAUGUCGCGAUGCAAUGUGUAUCGUUGGUGCGUCGGCGUGGUGUGCGGAGGGCUCGCACUCGAGGAAGGAGGGGACUUCGUCCCAGGCGUGCUGCUCUUCUCGCCCUUACUCUCGUCCUUCUCGCCCUCCUUGUUGUCCUUUCCCUUUUCUUCGUCUUUCUCCUUUUCCUUAGCCUUCUCGGCCUUCUUCUUCUGGCGCUCCUCGUACUCCGCCUUUACUUUCGCGAUUUCCUCCGGGCUUAGGCCCAUCUUCUUCGCGCCACCCGCACCCACGCCGUCAUUGGUGAUGCCCACCUGACUCGCGAAGCCCGGAUCUGAGAGGUGGGCAUCGCAGGUAUACAAGAAGUCCACGGUGUUGAUCGUGGCCAGCACGGUCGUAGUGGGCUUAUUGCAGAUGUAGCAUGGCUUGGCGGUGCCCACAGCCUGCAGAACGCCAGUUGGAGACACGUACGAGACCGUGCACGACCGAUAACUCACGCGUUUGUAGUACAAGUUCGUGAAGGCGGAUGCCAUAGCGGGAUGUAUAUGGAUACGGAUGGAGUAGAACAGAGAUACGCCCGAGAACAGAGGAGGCACGGGAAGCAGCAGAUGACCAACGCUUGUCCCACAGCGGCGGCCACCGCGUCGCCCAAAGCUUCCGCCUCCCCCCGUAAGUCCCGCGGACCACUUCGCGCACGUUCCGGAGCCCUUCCCACCCACCGACCCGUCCCAUGGGCAAUGGCACAAUUCCCUGGGCCAUCCCGGGCUUGAUUGAGUGAGAUUUGGAUCGAUCAAGCGAUAGUCCGGAGCCCCGGGAGCGCCGCGAGUAUAUAUCUACAUCCUCCCGAUGACGACGAUUCGUUCUUCUCCAGAACCCGCACGCCGCUCUCUUCCUCUUCCUUACCACCAUGUCUGAGACCGCUGGAAAGCCCAUUACGUGCAAGGCCGCCGUCUGCUGGGCCGCAGGCGAGGAGCUCAAAAUCGAAGACGUCGAGGUCGCGCCCCCGCGCGCGCACGAGGUCCGCAUCCACAUCCUCUGGACCGGUAUCUGCCACACUGACGAGUACACUCGCAGCGGCAAGGACCCUGAGGGUCUCUUCCCCGUCAUUCUCGGACACGAGGGCGGUGGCAUUGUUGAGUCUGUUGGCGAAGGUGUGACCAGCGUGUCUGUGGGCGACCAUGUCAUUCCCCUCUACACUGCUGAGUGUCGCGAGUGCAAGUUCUGCAAGAGCGGCAAGACCAACCUUUGUGGCUCCGUUCGCGCAACUCAAGGACAGGGCCUGAUGCCUGACAAGAGCGUUCGCUUCACAGUCAGGGGCCAACCCAUUCACCACUUCAUGGGCACUUCGACCUUCUCGCAGUACACGGUCGUGGCGGAUGUCUCGGUAGUGGCCGUCAAUCCCAAGGCUCCGCUCGACCGUGUCUGCCUGCUUGGUUGCGGUAUCACGACUGCAUGGGGCGCUGUAGUCAAGCAGCCCGGCAUCAAGGGUUCCACCGUCGCGGUCUUCGGUGUUGGUGCUAUCGGUCUUGGCUUGAUUGCGACUUCUGCCCUCGUCGGCGCAUCCCGCAUCAUCGCAGUCGACACGAACCCGAAGAAGGAGUCGUGGGCAUGCAAGUUCGGUGCGACUGAAUUCGUCAAUCCCGCUGACCUGCCGGAAGGCAAGCGCAUCCAGGACUACUUGAUCGAGAUCACCGAUGGAGGUCUCGACUACACCUUCGAUGCCACUGGUAAUGUUCACGUGAUGCGCGCCGCUCUCGAGGCAUGUCACAAGGGUUGGGGUGUCAGCACAAUUAUCGGCGUCGCGGCUGCUGGCCAGGAGAUCUCUACUCGACCGUUCCAGCUCGUUACUGGCCGUACCUGGCGCGGCUCUGCUUUUGGUGGUGUUAAGGGACGUACCGAGCUUCCUGGUCUCGUUGAGGACUACCUUCAAGGCAAGGUUAAGGUCGACGAGUACGUCACCCACCGUCGCACUCUCCCAGAAAUCAAUGCAGGCUUCCACGACAUGCACAGCGGCGAUUGCAUCCGUUGCGUGGUUGAUAUGCAAUAGAUGGCUAAGGACAAUGUGUACAUGUUCAGGUGUCGGCGCAUAAGAGAACGAAGUCCAAGUAGGUAUACCGUGUAUCAUGGAGGAAAUCAAGAACCACUCGAAGUGUAUUUCUAUCGUGUUCCCGCUGUGCAAUCGGCAUUGUCCAGGUUCUUCAUCUAUGGCGAGUCAUAUACUCUAUCGGCAGGAAA